CGGUCCGCCCAGUUGGUGAAACUUAGCAAAGGGUCGCUUGCUUGCGCACUGCAUGGCAGUCGGCGGACACGCACUCACUUUGCCCCGUCCCCUAGACUUAACGGACCACAAGAAGAAGAAGUUUAAUGGCUAUCAUGCGGGAUGACCUAGAUGAGAUGAUGAUGAUGCGCGAGGAGGCCGAGGAUGUCUUUUACGAGGAAGGUGUGUCGUCGCGCAUCCCGGAGAUCAUGGCGGCCGGUGGGACGCACUCCCCGGGAGGGCCCAACGGGAUCAUUCGGAGUCAGUCCUUCGCCGGCUUCAGCACCCUGCAGGAACGGCGCUCGCGGUGUAACUCCUUCAUGGCCAACUCGGUGGCACAGAAGAAGCCGGCGUCCAAGCCCAAGAGGCCUCACCUGUCCGGUCACAAGGGCGGCGGCGGCGGCAGCGGCGGCUCCAGAGAGCCUCAACCGCAAAGACUGGAGGACGUCUACACAGCACUCAAACGAGGCCUGGACGAGUAUCUGGAGGUACACCAGGCAGAGUUGGACAAACUGACAUUACUCAUGAAGGACAUGAAGAGGAACUCGCGUCUGGGCGUUCUCUACGAUCUGGACAAGCAAAUCAAAGCCAUCGAGAGGUACAUGAGACGGCUCGAGUUUCACAUCAGCAAGGUAGACGAGUUGUACGAGGCCUUCUGCAUCCAGAGUCGCCUGCGGGACGGAGCCAGCCGCAUGAAGCAGGCCUUCACCUGCUCGCCCUCCACCAAGGCCACCAAGGAAAGCAUCGCCGAGGUCAACCGGCGCUACAAAGAAUACACCGAGAAAAUGAGCGCCUUUGAGAGCGAUCUGGAGAACCUGCUCGGGGAAUUUCACAUCAAGAUGAAAGGUUUGGCAGGCUUUGCUCGUCUCUGUCCGGGAGACCAGUAUGAGAUCUUCAUGCGCUACGGGCGUCAGCGGUGGAAGCUGAAGGGUCGGAUCGAGGUGAACUCCCGCCAGAGUUGGGAUGGCGACGAGAUGGUCUUCAUGCCGCUCAUCAGCGACCUCAUCAACAUCAAGGUGACGGAGCUGAAGGGCCUGGCCACCCACCUGCUGGUGGGGAGCGUCAUCUGCGAGACCAAGGAGCUGUUCACCGCCAUGCCGCAGGUGGUGGCUGUGGACGUCAACGACCUGGCCACCAUCAAGCUCAACCUGGAGGUCACCUGGUUCCCCUUCGACGCGGAGGACCUGACGCUGUCGUCGGGCAACGUGAGCAAGGCGGCGGCGCUGCAGCGGCGAGUGUCCGUCUACAGCCAGGGCACGCCCGAGACGCCCACCUUCCAGGACGCCUCCUUCUUUACGUGGCGCCAUCCCCCUGCCGAGCGCCAACGCCCAUCCUUUCUGCACGCGCUCGGUGGCGCCCUGCUGGAAACCUUCCGGCGCGCCCGCUCCUUCGGCGAACUGUCGGCGCCCAGGCCCAAGGCCAGCCUGGAGGUCUACUCAACACUCCCAGACGACGUGUUUGAAAAUGGCAGCGCGUCGGAAUGCAAGCGUCUGUCAUUCGCCUUCUCGGACAUCUCCAGCCCAAGCCCGGCACCCAGCUCGCACUCCCCGGCGCCGUCCAACCCAGAUAUCACCGUCACGCCGCCAGACACGGAUGCGUCCACCUCGCCCUCCAGGCUGCGGGAGGGCUCCAUCGCCGAGGAGGACGAGGACGACGACGAAGAAGGCGGCGGCGACGGCGAGACGGAUAGCGGGACGAGCGGCAGCCUGGAGGACUCUGAAUGGGAACGCACCGAGUCCCAACGCAACGGGCGCACGGCCACCGUCUCGCCCGAGGACGUCUUCCUGGACCACGCCGAGCACCUCAAGCCCGUCCAGUUGGAACAAGACGACGACAACGGCGGCAACCUGACGCGGCAGCUGGUCAAGCGGCUGACGUCGUCGUCGGAGGCGGAUGACGACGAGGGCGGCGGCAACGUGGAGGUGGGCCACGGGCUGCUGGCGGAGGGCGGCCUGGAGGACGCCAUCCACGGCCUGCUGCUGACGCUGGAGACGCUGACGCACCGAUGCCGAGAGCUGCAGGACCUGGAGCAGGAAGUCAUGCGGCUGGAGGACCUCUUGAAGUGCCGCCUGCCGGGCCACAGGAGCCGCUCGUCCAGCCUCAGCCUGACAGUGGAAAGCGCGCUGGAGAGUUUCGACUUCCUGAACACGUCCGAUUUUGACGACGACGACACUGGCGACGAUGCCACCGUUGCCGCCGCCGUCGUCGUUCUGGCCACGCCGCCGCAGCCGCACAGGUCGCCGCCAUUCGACAGCGACGCUGACAGAAUCGGAGGACAGCAGGCGGAGGCGCGAGGCCACCUGAGCGAGGCGUUGACGGAGGACACGGGGGUAGGCAACAGCGUGGCCGGCAGCCCCCUGCCGCUCACCACCGCCAACGACAGCCUGGACGCCGCCCUCGCCGUGCACCUGCGUUACUGCCGUCGACUCGUCCAGGUUUUGAGCAGCGGCGUAAGCGCGUGGCGCCGUCGCGGCCUCCUGCUCAAGUUGGCGUCUCAGACGGCGCUGGUGGAGGGGCUGGCUGAGGUCAUCGUGGACCACCCGGGGCCGCUCACGUCUCCCACCCAGGCGGCACCGGGCCUGGCGGAGCGCGACGGGCUGAUGGCGCUGUGGGCCGAGUGCAGCGGCUCUGCGGGACUCUUCCACACCGCGCUCGACCGGGUGGCCAGUCACAUGACGCGGCGCUACCAGGGAACGCUGAGGGAGAAAUACCCGCAGGGUUGCCAAGCAGUGAUCCCUUUGGUGGCGCGCGAGAUGGUGGACGCAAACGACUUCCCAGAGUGCAACGGCCUGAGGCAGGACGUCGUCACCGUUUUUCAGUUCCACACGUACGUGGCGCAACGUCAAGUCCGCGACAUGGAGACCCACCUGCUGCACUUGGCCGCCGAGGAGUCAUUUGCAGAGAGGUUGCGUAGCGGAGACUCGUCAGCUCUGGAGGAGGUGCCAGCGUGGGGCCUGUGGCCUCACAGCGCCACCCUGAGGACGCUGGCCUCACUGCUCCUCGCCGAUGACCCAACCGUCAACAAGGCGGCCGCCGAUUACCUCGCCGCCGCCACGCCGCACGCCCAUUUUCGGAACAAGGCGGUGGAAUGUUACACCGAGUCGCUGUCGGAGGCGGGCGUCCACAGCCAGAGGGCGGCGUGCACGGCGCUCAAUUGCCUGCAGGCAGUGGAGAGCAUCCGAGCUGUGGUGGCGCUGUGCGACUCAGCCGACGAGGAGCUGCGACACGUUGCCAUCGAAACGCUGCUCAUGUUCGGCGAGGAGGGUCGUCUGGCCUACGAGCAACUGGACACGGUGCCGGGGGAAAUGAUUCGCUUGGGCACUUGGCGGGGAAGCGCCGUCAGAAGACGGCAUGGCAGGGUGGGGGGGGGGGGGGGUAAUUAACAUCUCGUGAACCGAAUCGCUGCACACCACAACAUGCACACACAACCACAAGAAUAUUUUGGGGUUCAACUGGAAAAGCACAAUCGAUCACUGGACACGGCACUCGCAACUUGCUCACGUCUUCACUGGUGACUGUAAAAGCUCAACUGUUUGUAUUUUUGUUUUUU